AUGAUGCGCUUAUGUCUGUGCCUCGUUAGUGCGGCCACGACUAGAGAAGGAAAGGAAAGACAUCUGCGUCGGCUAUCUCACGUUAUCACCACCGCCCUCCUUCCCCGCCAGUAG